AUGGCCAGAAUAAUUGUAAGACUUGUGCAGCUGAUAACUCUAAUGAUUGCGAAACAUGCGCUGACGGAUAUAAGUUGACGUCUGGAUAUUGCACUGCUACAUGUGCAGUUGAAAAUUGUCAAGCAUGCUCAGGAUCAGAUUCACAAAUUUGCGAUACUUGUCAAUCCGGGUUUAGCUGGGAUUCUGCUUCAUCUAAAUGUUUGUGCUCAAUUGCUAAUUGUGUAA